AUGCCUCCGCUUCCAGGAUUCUCGGGCAAUGAAUUUCGAACGUACGCAGAUUUCAAGAAUGCUUGUACUUCGCUGCUUCGUGCACUCAAACCUUACCAGUCUCCUGGUGGUGCACGCAUUCGGCUGCCGUUGGUCACUGGCACGCAUUUCGACGAUGUCGCUGCUCAGCUUGAAGGGUUUGCUCGGCCAUUGUGGGCCAUUGGGGCGCUUUUGCAUGGGUCAUGUUUGACUCCACAAGAACACGAGGAACUAGCUGAACCGUAUAUCCGUGGACUCGCAAACGGCACAGAUCCAGAGCAUGCUGAGUAUUGGGGGCCUGUCGUGGUUAGAGACCAAAGAAUGGUGGAGAUGGAAAUUAUCUCUUUUGCUUUGCUGGCGGCACCCGAUGCUAUGUUUCAGCAGCAGACGGAGCGGGCGCAGACCAACAUACGAGAGUGGCUCAAGACGCUGAAUGAGAAAGAUUUUCCAAUCACCAACUGGCUCUGGUUCCGAGUGAUGACAAACCUCGCUUUGGUCAAGGUAUGCGGCGUGCCAUACGAUGAAGUGAAGGCGUACAUGAAAGAAGACCUUGAUCAGAUGGAGAACUUUUACUUGGACGAUGGAUGGUCAGCCGAUGGCUUUUGGAAUGAAAAUGGCCGCCAGGCAGACUACUACUCUGGAAGUUUUGCGAUCCAGUUUUCACAAAUACUAUACACGAAGAUGGCCCAGCAAUUUGAUCCGGACCGAUGUCUAAAGUUCCGCGAGAGAGCACUCUUAUUCGCGUCGUCGUUCUGGAGAUAUUUUGACAAGACUGGUGCUGCGAUCCCCUUCGGAAGGUCCCUUACCUAUCGCUUCGCUUUCGCUGGAUUCUGGUCCGCAGCUGCUUUCGCAGGAAUCAAUCUGUCCGCUCCACUAGAUGAUCAGGGCGUAGUCAAAGGCCUUCUUCAACGACACUAUCGAUGGUGGAGCACCCAGUCCGACAUAUUCAAUGUUGAUGGAACUCUGACAAUCGGUUUUGCGUAUCCUCAAAUGUACAUGAGCGAGGAUUACAACUCUCCCCAAUCGCCUUACUGGGCGAUGAAGUCGUUCGUAGUGCUUGGCUUGGGGGAAGACCACCCGUUUUGGAGAACCGAGGAGAAGCCCUUACCCCCCGCAGAUGAGGAUAUUGCAUUAAAUAUUACACCAGCGAUGCAGAUUGUAUGUCGCAGCGAGAACCAUCAUUUUCUGUUAUCGAGUGGCCAGUUCUGCCCAUGGCCACUCAAGGCUACCGAGGCCAAGUACGGAAAAUUUGCUUACUCCUCGCAUUUUGGUUUCAGUGUCCCUACGGGAUCAUUGAUCCAACAGAUAGCUCCGGAUAGUACGCUUGCGCUGAGCAAGGAUGAAGGAGAUACCUGGCGCGUGCCAUGGAAAGUCCUUGAUUAUCGAUUUGAUACUGCGUGGCUGAGAAGAGGCUGUCAAAUACUAGAGGAGAUGCAAGCCCUCAGAAGUACUUGGAGACCUUGGAAAGACGCGGAUAUCGAAGUUCAAACGAUUAUUGUUGCGCCAAGUACGAGAUGGCCGGAUUGGUACUUGCGGGUGCACAAGAUCAAUAACUUGGGAACCAAGGAGAUUAAUAUACACGUAGUCCAAGGUGGAUUCGCGAUUCAAGGCAGGGAAGAUAAAUUUGGAGGGGUGUUGCCAUCCUAUACGAAGGGAACAGGUGCUGCAGAGUUCCUGAGAGGCAAUGGUUCAGUGUUCCCGGAAGGUACAGAAGAAAGUUCAACAGGUGCACUCAUAUGCUCCAAUGCUGGCGCUAGUGGAAUCAGAUCUCUCAUUUCAACCAAUUCUCAACAGGCCAAAGCGGAGGUACUCAAACCAGAUUCCAACACCAAUCUCAUUUGGCAAAGAACCUUGAUUCCGACGAUUACAAGCACGACAACGGUACCGCCAGGCUCAAGCACGGACUUCGUCACCGCUGUUCUUUCAAUAGCACGAAGGGCUGGAUUUGAAGACGAGUACAGCCAGAUCUCCAUUGGGGAGAGAUGGGAAGACAUUCCCCAGAUCUCGCACCCGACCAAGGACAAGGUUCCUUCUUCUCAAUUCAUUGCCUUUUCCCACGAUUGGUAA